AUGGCGGCGCUGGGCCCUCCGCUGCGAACCUUGCGCGGGCUCCUGCGGGAGCUCCGCCACGCCAGCGGCCGGGCGGGCCGCUCUUAUCGCGACACGCCCGCCUACCGGCACAUCGUCGCGGCCUUCCGCGCCCACCGGGUCACCAGCGAGAAGCUGUGCCGGGCCCAGCAGGAGCUGCACUUCCAGGCUGCCACCUACCUCUGCCUCCUCCGCAGCGUCCGGGAGCACGCGGCCCUUCACCAGGAGUACCACGGCAAGGGGGAGCGCUCGCCGGAGGAGGUCGCCGGCCUGGUGGGCUUCAGGUUGCCUCAGCAGCCGGGAGGGAAGGGUUAAGAUGCUGCUGCUGUGUUACCUAUUUAUUCCUGAAUAAAUAUCCUGGAAUUAUCGAAACGG